GGUGUGUCUGUUGUUGAUAAUAGGUUCAUCCUCCUCCACCAAAACCGAAUAUCGUUUCCUAUAUGUAUGAAUGAGGUAACUCUUCCAACUCCUGCAAUGUAGUUAGAGUUGCAACAAGUGAAGAUGUCUAACAUACUGCAAUGGUUAGGGCACCAAGGCCAAGGAGACUUACUUCAUGUCUUCUUGCUUCUUUGCUUUCUCCUUCUCUUUGUGUUCUUUUUCAAGAGCAAUGGAAAAGGAAAAAAGGGACUCCACCUACCACCUUCUCCAUACAAGCUCCCUAUAAUAGGGAACCUACAUCAAUUAGGUCCUUUGCCACACCACAACCUCCAAACCUUGGCUGAAAGGCAUGGCCCUCUCAUGCUGUUAUACUUUGGAAGCAAACCAACUCUUGUGGUUUCAUCAGCUGAUGCGGCUCGUGAAAUCAUGAAAACCCAUGACUUAAUCUUCUCAAGUAGACCUAAUACCAACUUUGGUAGGAGAAUCUCUUAUGAUUUCAAGAAUAUUGUCUUUACACCUUACAGCGAUUAUUGGAGAGAAGUACGAAAAAUUUGUGUCCUCCAACUUCUAAGUAUGAAGAGGGUUCAAUCGUACCGACCAGUGAGGGAAGAAGAGACAAUAGCAAUGAUCGAAAAAAUCCAAAGCUCUUGCUCAUCUUCACCUUCAUUCUCAGCUCUGGUGAACUUGAGCGAGGUGCUCAUGUCUCUAUCAAAUGAUAUUAUCUGUAGGGUGGCUCUAGGGAAGAAGUAUGGUGGGGGUUGGAGGUUUAAAGAGAUGAUGGGGGAAUUAGGGUAUCUGUUGGGAGUUUUUAAUGUAGCAGACUUCAUACCGUGGCUUGGAUGGGUGAACCAUGUAAAUGGGUUGGAAAAGAGGGUUGAGAAACUUUUUGUAGAGAUAGAUUCUUUUCUUGAUCAUGUAAUUGAAGAUCACAAACAUGGACAUAGAGAAAAGGACUAUGGUGACGAUGCAGAUAGCGGUGGCCAAGACUUUGUGGACUUCCUCCUUCAGAUUCAAAAGGAUAAGAAUGCUGAAAUUGCCAUUGAGAGAGAUAACAUCAAAGCCAUUGUAUCGGAUAUGUUCAUUGGUGGAACUGAUACCUCAAAUGUACUCUCACAAUGGACAAUGGCAGAGCUUUUAAGGCAUCCAGAAAUCAUGAAAGAAGUCCAAGAGGAGGUAAGGGGGGUUACAAAGGGUAAAGCAAAUAUUACAGAAGAUGAUAUAGAACACAUGCACUAUUUGAAAGCAGUGAUUAAGGAGGCAUUACGACUGCAUCCUCCACUUCCGUUAUUGGUUCCACGUGAAUUGAUGGAAACUGUUAAUAUACAAGGGUUUGAUAUUCCAGCUAAGACAACAGUAAUAGUCAAUGCAUCGGCCAUUGGAAGGGACUCUGUGUCAUGGGAUGAUCCAGAGAAGUUUGAACCAAAGAGGUUCUUGAAUGGUGCUAGCUCUGUUGAUUUCAGAGGUCAUAAUUUCCAACUAAUUCCAUUUGGGGCAGGUCGGCGGGGAUGCCCAGGAACCCAAUUCGCAAUCGUUGUUGUCGAGCUUGCAUUAGCGAGUCUUCUACACAAGUUUGAUUGGGCAUUACCUAAUGGAGCAAGUGGAAAGGAUUUAGAUAUCACGGAAGCUUAUGGGAUUAUUUGCCACUUGAAAUCUCCUCUUGUAGCUGUCGCAACUCCUCAUUUUUAAAUUGUUAGAAGGAAUUCAACUGACAUGAAAUUAGGAAAAAGUUUCCCACUAUGUCAGUGUACUAUUUUUCUCUUACGGAGUGUUUUAUUGAUGUAGCAUUCAAAUUCUACCCCACAUUGGCAUCAUGAGGAGUCCUCUCUCCCAUGAAAAUAAUACCAAUAGCACAUGUAAUGCCCCACCUUUAUAGGAAAAUAUGUGUGACUUCUUAUAUAUGUCUAUGUGAUAUUGUUAAUUCAAUUAUAAUUCAACUUUAUUUUUAAAA